CGUUUCGUACGCACUUCCAUUGCCCGCGCGCAACACACGCACCGCUCGUGUGUGCAAGCCCACCACUACCACCACAACCGCGGUAGUAGUCGUCGUAGUAGUAGUAGUGACGAAGACCGCCGUCGCGUACAGUAGUACAGUCUCAUCCGCACCGGCGCCGGUAGUGAACGUGGCGCGCGUGUCUGUUUCCGUAAUAUCGUUGAAUGUAAAAUUUCUUUGACAUUUUUAUACUAUUUUAUUUUUUUUUUUUUUAAGUUUUCCGAUUUCGAUCUAUACGCGAGAUCGCGAGUGUUCCUCACGGUAAAUUAAAAUAUCAUAUCGCCUGUGCCUGGAAUUUUUAUUUUUUAUUUUCGUCAGGACCUUUCCGUAGAUUAUAAAAUAGACAAUCCGUCGUCAUCGCCGUUUGAUAUUUUGACUUUCCCGUAGCCGUCGGAUAACGCGGUAUUGCGUGGGAAUUUCCCGGUAUUUUUCCCGACGGGACAACAUUUGUUGCGUUAAAACAUUAUAUUUUGAACAUCUCAUCGUGUGUGCGUGCGCGUUGGCGACACGCCGAGUGACCGUCGAAAACAACCGGUGGGAUUACGCGGACUAAAAUCACGUUGCCGGGUGCCGCCGAAAUGGUGAACCCGAGCACGGAAUCUAUACUGAACCAGAUGACCAACCUGGCCAUGGACAUCGCCCUGGACUACGUGUUGCCCGCAUCGCCGAUGAGCGACGUGUGCAAGAGCGACUUGUUCGAGUUCGAACGGGACGUGGUGGUCGCAGCCGUCAGCGGCGGAGCGACAGCCGAUAGUCUGCUGAGCAGCUUGGUGGCCGGAACCGCGGGCACGACAGGCGGCUGCUGCGGCCGGCCGCCCACCGAUUUGUGUAAGAAAAACAGUUACAUGGGCGCAGCGGGAUGCGACUCGUGCGACGCGUGCCUGGCCAAGAACGCCGCGGCAACCGCGACCGCUGACGUCCACUCGCCGAGCACCUGUACCGCCUCCACCACCGUCGGCGUGUCGUCGGCAUCACCACCGUCGUCGACCGCCUCGUCCACGACUUCAUCUGCGUCGUCUACGCCGUCGCAGCAACAGACCGCCGAGACGACGAUGGACAUCAGUUGGUGUCAGUUCGACGGAUGCGAAUUCGACACGGCCGACAACAGUUACCUGGACAUUUGCGAUUGGAUAUUCUACGCCGACCGGUACGCGCUCACCGACGAGAACCGCGAGAAAGUGCAAAAAGCGUUCCAGAUGGUACCCCCCGGCGAGGUGACCGGUUACGUGGCCGAAACCCCCAACCACAGUACGAGAGACAGCAACGCGGCCGCCGAGCGUUCGCCGGUCGGCACGUCGUUGGCGGCCGACGAAGACCCAGCCGUGGCCGCGGUAGCAGCCGCCGCCGCCGCUGCAGCGAUCGUCGGCGGUGUGACGGUCAAGUCCGAACCGGACGACGACUACUUGUGGACCAGCGACAACCACUUGCUACCGAUCAUACUCAAGGCGGAACCUAACGCCGACAUACUGCAGAUCACUGAACUGGACCACAGUUACCUGCAGACGCCCACCAGCCACGGCGGCUGCGGCUCGAACAAUUCGUCGACGGCCGUGUCGCCCGUCAAACUCCAUCCCAACCACUUGGUGGACAUGCUGGGACUCGUCACUCCGCCACCGUCCCGUUCGCAGUCUUCCGAAGAAGAAGAGAUCGAUGUUGUCAAUGACAGCUGGGACACACCGGACACGCCACGCAAAGGCGCCACCAUGGCGGACAUAAUGAAACGCGGCAUCGUUAAGAAGCGAGAACCACCCGUGACCAAAUGGAAGAACACGGUCAAACGAAAGCACAAGACUGCCGGACAAUCAGCCACCGCGGCCGCUGUAGCCGCUGCUUAUCCGAUGCCUCCUCCUCCGCCCAAGAAAAUGUGCGGUGGACUGUCGCUAUUGGACCGAUACAAAAAGGACACUAAUUGGAAGGGCGCUAUUGGCAUCAAGGAUGAACCCGUCAUCAAGGAAGAACCUUUGGAUGACGCUGGUUCGUCAGCCGACGAUGACCGCAGCGACGACGACGAGUACGACAACCGACAACGACACAGACGAAAACAGCGUCAACAACAGAAACAACAAAAUGCACUGACGCCGACCAUCAAGUCCGAACCUUUGGACGAGGACGAAGACCGCAGAGUCGAUGACGAUGACGAAGAAGACGACGAUUACGACAUGGACGCAGACUUCGAGUCGCUAAUGAAGAACGAACCGGAAGACAUGUUCGAUGACGAAUACGACGAUUACGAUGACGAUCACGACAUGGACUGGGACAAAGUGUUGCGCGGCACGUCCGCAUCGAGCGCCGGCCGCGGAAGCAAGUCUUCCGGUGGCUCAUCGUCGUGCAGCUCGUCGUCCACGGGCGGCGCGCGCAAGAAGAAGAAGAAGAAGAAAAAGAAAACUUCGGCGUCGUCCGCAUCGGCAAAAUCAUCGGCCAAGCUGCGCCACCAGCAGCAGCAGCAGUCUGGCAGCUCUGGAAAGAAGAUCAAGUACGAGAACGUGAGCGGCGGUUACAGCUACAAGACCAAGCUCAUGGACCCCGUCAAGCGGGCACUGCACAAUGACCUGGAGAAGUCGCGGCGCGUGGAGACCAGCAUGCUGUUCAUGAACCUCAGCAUGCAGGUGUCGUUCCUGGACGACAACCGGAAGAUACCGUCCAAGUUGAGCAUACUGCGGGGUGCCAAACGGGAAUGCGACCUCAUGAUGCUCGACGAGCGGCGGCUGCUGUCCGAGAAGCACGUCAUGCAGCAGAAGCAGCGUAUGCUCCGCGAGAGGCUUUUCGAGCUCAGGCGCGAGCACUACCACCGACGGUAUGGCAAACAGAAACAAACGUCGUCUCACCAUUCACACAACCAACAACAUCAUCAGCAGCAGCAAUAGUCAUCGCGGUGAGAGCGUAUCUUACAAUAAUAUUAUUAUUUUUAUAACAUCAUCUUCUCGUCCCCCCCCCCGCACACGAUACAAACGCACAUGUAUACACAAUGACGUACUCGUUCGUCUUGGGCGUCCUUUAAUUUCAUUAUUAAUAUUAUUACAUUUUUUAUUAUUAUUAUUAUUAUUAUUUCGAAGAACAAUUGCUCAAAUA